UGGGAGGGAAAGGGUGGGGGUCACUCAGCGGCCUUGUAACUGUCGGGCUCCUUCCCCAGCACCCUCGGUCCUUCCGCUGGCCUGCGUUCCUCAGCUCGCGGACUCAGGGGGAAACACCAAAUCCGGGGAGGAGCAGUGGUGGGGGUUUCCCAUUUGGUCUGGGGCCGGGCAGGGAGAAAGGGGAGUAGGACAGAGGCAGUUUGGAAGCGCGGCGGGACUCGGCCCAGAAGAGGAUCCGACAUCCCCGCAGUGCCCGGCGGUCCGACUGCUUUCAUGCCGAGGGGAGGGGAUUACCCGGGCUUUGGGCUGCAGGGCCAGGAGCGCAGAAAGCACUUUGAUUUACGAGCUGAGGCUGAACCGCCGUCGCCGUCUGCGAGGGUGACUCACCGGGGGUGCGGGUGGGAGGUAGAUCCGGAGAGGGGCCUAGACCAGGCAACUGGGCUGGGGGCGGGGGGUGUGGAGUCGAGGGAGGAGAAGCAGGCAGAGUGUGGCGAGGGAGCCCCGGGGGACGCGCCUGGCUGAGGAGCGGAGGCUGCAGGGCAGCUGGCCUGCGCGCCGCGCCCACUCCCCACUCUGCCCCGCGGAUUCCGUCCGGGCUCCGAGCGACGGGAUCGGCGGCCACAAGCGGGCGCGGGGGCAGGUGGCAUGGCGUUACCAAUGCGCCCCCUCUGGGUGUCCCCGCAAGUCAGCGGGAGGGUGCAGGCAGGUCGCAGGGCGCGUCUGUUUUGGUUACCGCGGGGCCCGGCUCUGGCACAGCUCUUCCCUCGCUGUUCUGGGCGAGGCACGCCGGAGCCGUCGGGCCCCAGCAGGAGCGCAGGGGCAGGAGCGGCAGGGGCGGGCCACAGCCGGCUCUGGAAUGUGCCCAGCGAUCACCUUCACUGGCCCGGGCGGGCUCCCCAGCUCCCAGAUUCCUUCCCUGAGCAGAACCUUCGAGCUGGUUUCGGAUUCUUUCUCUCCUAUCCCCGCGGGGCAGGAGACACCAUCUCUUUAGGCGACCUUCUCCUUACUUUACUUUGCCCAACAAUACACACAGACACACACACAGCCCAGGUGUCUGACGCGGGAGGACGCACAAAAGAGGUGGAGAAAAAACGAUAUUUUCGACCAGUUGGGGAAAUAAACCUGCCAGUCAAAAAGUUCAGACCCGCCAGGGUGGGCGCUCCAGGAGAUGCGGAGUUGAUAGCGUCAUCACUCCUUUCCUGCUGUCCGCCUUCUGCCAGCCUGUGUCCCUCCCCCUCGCCUCCCCCCGGUACCCGGAGGGAGCCACGCCGUGUUCGGGGGCCGAGGAAGCAGCCCUCCAGCCCCGUUACCCCAGCCGCGCUGAAAUCCGACCCGAAGGAGUUCAGAAUCAGGUUUCAAAACACGGCAGAGCCGAGCCGCACCAACACCCCACGUUGCCGCGGCCGCGCAGGGACGCACAGCGGGCACGGUGAAUGAUUAACUCUGUCAUAUAAAACCUCGACGUCCCCGGACCCCCUUCUGCGCCACCCGCCCCCACCAACACUCUCCUCCCUCCAGAGCGGCCAGGGCGACCUCCUGCGCGGGCCCCGGGGCAGCCGAACCCUGCGGGUCGGGCAGCGCGUGCGCGCCCGGGCCGGUGGGACCCCGCGGCGCUGCAGCCCCCGGCCGGCGCUGGCACCCUCCGCCGGCCUCGGGCGGCAGCGAGAGCGGCCUUCCCGGCGCCUCUGCACGCUCCUUCAACCCGCCAGAACCCGGGAGAGAGUGGCAGCUUCAAAGCCAGCGGGAUGGGGGUGGGAAACCGGGCAGCAGUGACCAGCCGAGGUGGGGGCGGGGACUGAGACCAGGGCGGGCGACGAGAAACUUCUGGGGGGAGGAGGGGGAGGGUAAGGAGGCAGGCUCCCCCGCCCCUCACCACUGCUGCCCCCCACCCCCACCCCGACCGGGGAGAGAGGUGGGGGGCGGGGAGAGGUGGGCAGCCGGACCAGGCUGGUGGGGAAGGUAACUGAAGCAAACUGCCUCUAGCACUAACUCUGAUUUACUUACAAGGAAUUCAUUCCAUUAAAAUAUGAAUGUCUUGAAAUUUA